AAAACAAAAACUCUCUCUUUGCAUUGUUUUAGUGAAAUCCGCCUUUUAAGGCAUUGGCCUAAUCGCUUUCUCAUCAUUAAAAAACCAUUCUUUCUUCUUCUUCUUCUUUCUUUUCUUUCAUGGUUUUUUGAUUUGUUUAAACAAAACCAAACAAAAAAAAAAGGAAAAUGGAUCCUCAGCUUAGUCCAACUACUUUUGUUCAGCAAUUCAAGACUGAGACAUGGAGGCAUACACUUCUGUUUUCAUUUCAAAGCCUUGGAGUGAUCUAUGGUCAAUUAAGUUCUGCUCCUCUUUAUGUGUUUGGAACAGUUCAUCAAAAAGAGUUUGUAUCAGAAGAGACAGCUUAUGGUCUUUUUUCCUUUAUUUUUUGGACUAUGACCAUCAUUUCUUUGUUGAAGUAUGCCCUUUUAGUACUAAGAGCCGACGAUGAUGGCGAAGGUGGUACUUUUGCUUUGUACUCAAUCUUAUGUAGGCAUGCCAAAGUUGGUUUGCUUCCAAAUGACACAAGUGCAAAUGAAGUUAUGCAAUAUGAGGAAGAAAAUCCUUUUAAGGCCAAGGUUGAAUCAAGGGCAAGAAGAGCCAUUGCCAAACACAAAAGUAGCCAUUAUCUCAUGUUGUUCUUGGCUUUGUUCGGUGCAUGCAUGGCGAUUGGCGAUGGAGUUCUUACUCCUUCUCUUUCGGUAUUAUCAGCUUCAACAGGUUUCGGAAGAUCAAUGUCUUCAAUCACAUUUUCGUCUUCAGAACAUAAACAGGAGAGAGUCUCGAGGGCAUUGAAAGAAUAUGUACCGGUUCCUACUGCGUGUGCCAUAUUGGUCUGCCUUUUCAUGCUGCAACAUUAUGGAACACGAAAAAUUGGGUUCAUAUUUGCUCCAAUUGUCAUCAUUUGGCUCCUAUUUAUCAGUGGAGUUGGUACUUAUAACAUUAUCAGAUGGAACCCGCAUAUCUUCUACGCGAUAUCUCCAACAUACAUGUACAGAUUCGUUGUGGAUGCUCGUGCUAAAGGUUGGAGAUCGCUCGGUAGCAUCAUUCUAUGUGUUGCAGGAUCAGAAGCUAUGUUUGCUGGUCUUGGUCAUUUUUCGAAGAAAUCUAUCAAAAUUACUUUCGUAUGCUUAAUUUACCCGGUUCUCGUUUUAUCCUAUGCCGGUCAGGCGGCUUACAUUUCGAAAAAUUACACGGUUGAUGGUUUCAAUCACCUUAGUGAAUCUGUCCCUAGACAUUUUCGCCAUGUCUUUGUGGUGUUAUCCCUAUUCGCUUCGGCUGUAGGAAGCCAAGCAACUAUAACGGCUAGUUUUUCAAUCAUAAACCAGUGCCUUGCUCUCGGUUGUUUCCCGAGGGUUAAAGUGAUCCAUACAUCUGAUAAAAUACACGGGCAAGUCUACAUUCCCGAUAUCAACUGGCUACUGAUGGUUCUCAGUCUCUCUGCGACUCUCGGUUUUCAUGACAUUGUCAAAAUUGGCAGUGCAACAGGUUUGGCUGUAGUGUCGGGUAUGUUAGUUACAACUUGUUUGAUGUCAUUGGUCAUUGCUCUGUAUUGGGAAAAUAAUUUGAUAGAAUCUGUAUGUUUUCUAAUAUUCUUCGGGUUUGUUGAGGCGAUGUAUGUAUCGGCGUGCAUGUUGAAUAUGCACAAGGGAGCUUGGUUUUUGGUUGUACUUUUUUUGUUAUCAUUUACUGUCAUGUUGUCAUGGCAUUAUGGAACUUUGAAGAAGUAUGAGUUUGAUUUAGAGAACAAGGUGUCUAUAGAAUGGCUUACCGAUCUUAGUCCCGGUCUUGGAGUUUCUAGAGUACCCGGUAUUGGCUUUAUCUACACCGAUAUAGUGACUGGAAUUCCUGCUUUUUUCUCACAUUUUGUCACAAAUCUUCCUGCGUUUCAUCAAGUCUUAAUUUUUGUGUCUUUCAAGUCGUUACCUGUGCCUUGUGUUCACCCGAGUAAGAGGUACCUUAUAGGCCGAGUUGGACAUAGAGACUACAAGAUUUACCGUUGUGUUGUUAGGUGCGGUUAUCAUGACAAUAGUAGAGACUCAGAUGAUUUCGAGGAGGAAAUCAUCCGGACAAUAGGGGAAUUCAUUUCCCUCGAAGAAAAUGAUUUCGAGUCUUUGACUUCUCCAGAAGGAAGAAUGAUAGUUGUUGGAAAACCGACAUCUGAUGGGAACGCUCUGGUUCCUCGUAUUGAUUCUCAUUCAUUUGUUUCCCCGGAGUCUCCUCCAAUAUUCACCAACAACGAAAAUCAAAGGAGUCCAAUCGCAGAAACAUCUGUCGUUAAAAAGAGAAAGAAGGUUCGGUUCAUGUUGCCCCCGAAUAGUCCUAAAAUGAGAGUAUGUGUUAGAGAAGAGCUACAAGAACUAGUUGAUGCAAGAGAGAGCGGAACUGCAUACUUCUUGGGACAAUCUCACUUGAGAGUUCGAAAUGGUUCGAACUUUCUAAAGCGGUUUUUAAUCAUGACAUACACUUUUUGUGAUAAAAAUAGCCGCGAGCCGCCGGUUGCUCUCAACAUUCCUCAUGCUGCUCUUGUUGAGGUUGGUAUGGUCUAUACCAUAUAAAAUAAUAAUAAUAUAAAUCUCUAAAAAAUAAAGACCAUAAUUAAUUAUGUAUCAACUUUGUAUGUAUAUAUAUGAGAGUAAAGACAGAAGAAGAAUAUAGGUUGUAGUUUACACAUUACAAUGUUAAAAUAAGUGAUGUUACUUCUAAGUUUUAAAUCAAAA